GCAACGUCUUCCUCCGCGUCGCGUGCCUCCAACAAAGCAGCUGUUGCUCGCGCGAAGUGCGCACCAAAGAAACAUACACACGCAAGUCUCCCACAUGCCCGGUAACAGCAGUGUUUACCGUUUGAAUUGGACCCGGUCCCCCCCACGCCGACCGCUGUAUGGUUCAUUCCAGCGUCUCUGUAUCCUCAGUGCGAGGUGUGUUUCUGUCCGUCUUCAACACGGAGCCAAGGCGGCUCAGUCACUCCGCCGACAAAGCCAGCAGAGCGCAUUUCGAUGGAGAGGUUAACGCCGAGCAGAGAUCUUCGCGUGCACGACUGUUUUGUGCCGAACUGUUAAUGGGAAUGCUUCAACUGACUGCAGUAACUGUCUCUGAAUCACCUUGGCCCUUGGCUGCGGGGCCGUGAGCAGCUACCAUGACUUAUCCCAACACCAGCACACUGACAGCCAACUCCAGCGGAGCUCUGGACGGCCAUGACUCCGGGGGAAACAUCUACCUGCCUUUUUCUGUUUUCAGCGUGCUCACUCUUACUUUACUGUCAAUGCUGGUGGUGGCCACCUUUGUGUGGAACUUGUUGGUGCUGGUUACCAUCCUGAGGGUGAGGACAUUCCACCGGGUGCCCCACAACCUCGUGGCUUCCAUGGCCAUCUCCGACGUGAUGGUGGCCGCCCUGGUCAUGCCGCUCAGUCUCGUCCACGAGCUGAACGGCAGGCUGUGGAAACUGGGCCGCGUGCUCUGCCAGGUGUGGAUCUCCUUCGACGUGCUCUGCUGCACGGCCAGCAUCUGGAACGUGACGGCCAUCGCUCUGGACCGCUACUGGUCCAUCACCAGGCACCUGGAGUACACGCUCAAGACGCGCAAAAAGAUCUCCAACGUGAUGAUCGCACUCACGUGGCUGCUGUCCUCCAUCAUUUCCCUGUCGCCUCUUUUCGGCUGGGGGGAGACCUACACGGAGGGGAUGAAGUGCCAGGUGAGCCAGGAGCCGUCCUACACAAUCUUCUCCACCUUCGGAGCAUUUUACCUGCCGCUUUGUGUGGUGCUCUUUGUUUAUUGGAAGAUCUACAAGGCUGCCAAGUUUCGAAUUGGUUCCCGCAAGACCAACACAAUAACACCCAUGGCUGAGGUAAAGGACGAAACACAUCAACCGCAGAUGGUGUUCACUGUGCGCCACGCCACCGUGACCUUCCAGACAGAUGGGGACACAUGGCGUGAGCAGAAGGAGAAGAAGGCGGCGCUGAUGGUGGGCAUUUUGAUCGGCGUGUUUGUACUUUGCUGGAUCCCCUUCUUCAUCACCGAGCUCAUCGUCCCACUGUGCUCCUGUGACAUCCCGCCCAUCUGGAAGAGCAUCUUCCUGUGGCUGGGGUACUCCAACUCCUUCUUUAAUCCGCUAAUAUACACCGCCUUCAAUAAGAACUACAACAACGCCCUGAAAAACCUCUUCUCCCGGCAGCGCUGAGCCACUCGGCAUGCUGGGAAGACACACAUACACCAGCACGCACUCCACAGCGUUACUCCUCCAGGCAGAGAAGGACUGACCUGUCUGUAUCCGUCACUCAAUCGUCCUUCAGAUGGAUGAUAACCAGAGACUGUCUGAAAAAACUCUUUAUUUAUGUGUUUUUAUUUAUGUGUUGUUUUGUUUAUUACCCUGCUGAGGUAACCUCACAGCUGGACUGAAACGGGUGUCUGAGCUACUGUAUCUACAAAGAGAGGAAUAAAUUGGUUGUGUUGCAGGCGGCAGUGAUGGUUGCAGUGCCGUCUACAAGUUGGUUUCCUUCUGCCGUUUCAGGCUUAUUAGGGAGGAAGCCAUGUUAACUCACUCGUAAACAGUUUCAUCAUAUGUGGUGCUGCUGGGAAUGAUUUCAAAGUAAAGCUGGAAAAAAAAUUCAAGAAAAACCUUUUAGAACUGCACAAAAGAUCCUGAUAAUCAAUGAACCAACAAAUUGUGUAUUAUUUUCUAAACUAUACACAACAAAAUGCUCAUCUUAGAUGAUGAAAAAAAUGGCUUUGAUUCUAGAAAAGAAGGAUUUGAGUAAAGAAACUACCUUAUAGCUGAGUAGACAUGAACUCCCUGACUUCACAUGUAAUGUAUUCAUACAGACCUGUAGAUAAAUGUACAAUCUCUCCUCUGAUGCUGGAUACACCAAUUCUCUUUGCACAAACAACCACACACGCCAUUGACUUUUAUAAAGCAGGAAAAUAGCAGAACAAGUUAUCAUUUGCAUUAUCUCGGAAUAGAUGCAUUGUAGCUGCAGCCACAUCUCACAGCAGAUAAACAAAGUAACCAGGUACAGAGGAUGUGUGGACUGGUGUAAAGCUAUUCAAAGCAUUAUCGCAACUACAGAUUCUGUAGCCCGAGAGGUCAAUAGAAAUUAAAUCAGCAAAUAAAAAUAAUAAUAUUGCAUUAUUGUAUAAAGAAGCUUAAGUGCCGAGCCAAUGCAUGUUUAAAAGAAUGACUUGUGACUUUAUAUUACAGUAGGGGAGUUAUGGGAAUAAGAGAAGAUAAUGUUAAUCAAUACCAAUAUCUCUGUUGGGCUCAGCACACAAAACCUAUGCCUCAGUUAGUCUCAUGAUGUUUUUUAUACGACUCCCUUGUUUCCUGCACAAAUUGCCUCUUUCUUCUUAAAGUGUUCAACACUGUAGAAGCAGUAAGUGAUCCUUUAUUUUGGUGUGUAAUAUACUGUAACGUGAGGAAUCACGCAUGACAAAUUAAUCCUCGGCAAAUAGUUGUGCUACAUGUAUUUGAGCUCCUGAGAGCAACAUCAAAGUAUCACAAAUCCAAUAAGAUGUUGAAAAGUGCAUCUAAUGUCGCUGUCAAGUGAAAACCAUGUAUCUCCGAAUUUGGCGAUUUUGAACCCUUCAGAUAAACGGAAGGAUUACACGUUAACUAUGGUUUAAGGAAAUGAUCCUAUUCUUGAGCUAAAUAAACCAUUUAACUAGACUAAGAGUCUACAUGAUAACUUUAGCAUGAUAACAUGCGCAGAAUGGCAACGCUAACAUGUUGAUUUUUAGCUUUCUUAAGUGUGUUCACAUGCUAACAUUUGCUAAUUAGCACUAAAUACAAAGUGCAUCUGAUUAAAACAAAUUAAAGCUUUGGCUUGGUUAUAGCGCUAGAUGAAAAGUUAGGGGGAUCACCAAUGUCAUUACCAAUCAUCCUGAGGGGGACUUGAAUGUAUGUGCCAAUUACGUGGCAAUUCCUUUCGAAACAUCUCACUGAAAAACACAAGUGGUGCUAGAGGAAAAAGUCAGGGGAUCCCAAAAGUCCUAAGGACUCAUCACGCCAAAUGUCAUGCCAAUCUAUCCAAUAGUUUUUGAGGUAUUUCACUUCGGACCAAGUGGUAGUCUCAUCGUCGUGAACUGACAUUGCCAUCCUUAAAGCCAUGACGGUAGCAAGGCUAAAUAAAACAUUGUGUUUUCAAAAUGCAUUGUUUCAAAGCUUAAAAUGGGUGUUUUAGCUCAUGAAAAGUUUAUAUUUUAGAGAUACAUAGUUUUCACAUGACUUAAAGUGUUAUAACAGAAUACAAUAGAAUACUAUAAAAAUUAUCCUUUUUCUACACAUUUUUUGUACACAAAGUUAGACUAUGAUCUUAUGAUCUGUAAGACAAGACUGCACCUGGUCUCUACCCGACCUCAACCUUUUACCUUAAUUUAUACUGACAGACCUCAAAUGACAUGGAAUAUAUAUAUAUAUAUAUAUAUACAGUAUAUACACAUACACACAAAAUAGCCUCAAUUGUAAUACAAAUAUACAAUAGUAAUUUAGAUUAUACUACAUAUCCAGUUAAACAGAGUAAUGUAUCAUGAUGAGGAAACAUAAAUAUAUAUGAAAAGAAAAUACGCCCACUGACUGCAAUGGUGGUUUUAGUGAAAACAAUAUUCUGUGGUGAAUGAUGAAAUGCAUGGAAUAUAGAUAGAAAUAGAAAUCCUAGAUAUGGUUAAAAAGAAGAAAAAGACAGUGCUGGUGACAACGGAUCUCUCUUAGCACUCCUUAUAUGUAUUAAUCGCAUGACUCGCUGGUUGACUUGGAGCCAUUUGGUGCUCUUCAGGAUUCACUUUUUCAAAUUACAUCUCACUGCUCCCCAGAUUGCCCGAGGAUGGUUGAUUAUUCACCCAUUGCGCCUCUUAGGUCUUGUUCUGUGUGGUGACCCAGCUCAGGAAAAGCAAAUGUUGCAGAAAUGUGUUGUUUGCCAUUCAUCUCAGUAUCCAUUUUCAUGUUCAAAAGAGGUAAAAAAAGAAAAGAAAAUGUGGACAAUUACCUCCAUCAGAGGCACCUUUUGGAAAUCCAUACUUGUUUUCAUAAAAGCAGACCCAAAAGAAGAGGGAAUCUGAUGUGUUAUUGUGUCAGUGUGUUUUCAAUGUGUGCAUGUUUUCUUCCACAGAAGCCUUGGCUGAUAAAAUUGACAAUAAACGAGCCCUUGAUUUGUGAUACACAGCGUCAAAGUUGGCACUUUGGCAUGAAAGCUUAUGAAAGUAAGAGCUGUUCAGGUUGAGCCACGAGGCAUACUGCUAGAUUUUUGCCAACAGUUGGCUACAGACACACACACAUGCCCGCAUAGAAUGAGAGGGAGAAAGAAUUCAGUGUUCUAGUUUUGAUAAUAAUUCACUUUUAUGAUCAUCAUUGCCCAACUACUGGAAGUCAUUUUAUAAACAGGCAUUAGCUCUUCCCAUCUCUCUACGGGGCCACUGCCAGCAUGCGCAUUUCAGAGCCAGGAGUGAGACCGCUUCUGUUCAAAGGAGCACAUCCAUCCAUGUUUUGAGGGAAGACAGGAUGCAUGAAAAUGGGUCUUGGCUAAACUGACUUAGGAUUAGAACCAGAUGCCUCUGGCAAGGCAAACCUGUUAUUUAGCCACUGAAUUUUACAGAAAUAGAUGCAACAAACAAAGAAAUAUGACAACAGAAUAUGUGGGCAAAUAGAGACAUGUGAGGAUGUUAAUAAAGAAACAUUUGUAUGAAAUAGGUUUUACCACUAUAAAUAGCACCUGUUGUAUGCAUAUCUGCUCUCUUUCUGCACAUGGAUUUCUGUAUACCACAUAUGUUCUGUAAUAUCCCAGCCAGCUCACAUGUAAACACAGAUAUCUGCAGUUUGCCAACACUAGCCUCUGGUAACAAUAGAUCAGGCUUUAAGUUAUGGGUGAAGGGCACAUGGGGCCGACAUGUAGUGUUGAAUGACCAGAUGUCCCGCAUUGCCUCAUCUCUCUUAUCUUCACAACAGAGUGGGCUCAGUCUCUUACUGGCUGAGGUGUCGGCGACUGUGUGACUCUGUUGUUGUUCCACUUGUUAUUCUACGACGGCUCAGUCUUAUCCAACUAGAAACUGCACAGCAGGACCGUGAAGAGGAGGAUUCUAUAGUGAGCAUAUGUAUAUAUGUGAUCUGAAUGAGCACAUCGCUUUCUCUUUCUUAACCUCCGCGCGGCUUCUUGCUGGCUUUAAACUCAGGUUCUCGGGGGCAAAAACAGAGCGGAUUGUAGGAGAACGGAAAAUCCUAAAUACUCCAGAGGAGAUACGAGAUGAGAAACCUGUCUUUGCCUCGGGACAGAACUCGGAUGGACAGUGCUUCCUGGAUUUUCUUAUUUCAUACUUUAAUUCAUAAGCUCUGCGAAAAUGCUGGGCUGUAAC